UCAUUUCCCCAUGCAAAAAAAAACACACAAGCACCACAAUAACAAAACAAAAAUACAAUUCAAAGAUCACAUUCUCCUUCUUCUCAUGUUAUGUUAAUAAGGUUUCUCUUUCUCCUUCCAGAACCAAAAUCCCAUUUCUGGAAAAGAAAUGGAGGAAUCAGAUUCAACACCAAAGUCUCUGAUGGAGAAUCUGCUUGGCCUUUUGAGGGUUCGCGUGAAGCGUGGUGUCAACCUUGCCGUUCGUGAUGUUCGAAGCAGCGACCCUUAUGUUGUCAUCAAGAUGUACAACCAGAAACUAAAGACUCGUGUGAUUAAAAAGGAUGUGAAUCCUGAGUGGAAUGAAGACCUUACUCUUUCUGUUAUAAAUCCGAAUCACAAAAUUAAACUGACUGUGUAUGACCAUGACACUUUUAGCAAAGAUGACAAAAUGGGAGAUGCAGAAUUUGACAUCUUUCCCUUUAUAGAGGCCUUGAAGAUGAACUUAACUGGCCUUCCAAAUGGUACUGUAGUCACAAGAAUACAACCAAGCAAGCAUAAUUGCCUGGCAGACGAGAGCUGCAUAACUUAUAGCAAUGGCAAGGUUGUCCAAGAUAUGAUCCUUAGAUUGCAAAAUGUGGAGUGUGGUGAAGUGGAAAUCCAAUUGCAGUGGAUUGAUCUUCCUGGUUCUAAGGGUUUAUGAUCUUAUGACUUAUGAGGUGUUUGUGUAUUAACAACUUCAUGCAUAUAAGCUGGCUUUUGCCUUGGACUCUAAGACUUGUUGAGGAACAAAUUACUGAACUUGUGUUUAUUCCCGGAAUGUAUGUGAUGUAUUAGUACAGUUUAGAACUUGUAAUUUUUCAUGUUUAAAAAUUUAUCUUCUGGUUCUGGUCUCA